GAGGAUACGGGUCGCUUGCUAGCGCGCCAUCUUCGUCAGCUACACAAGGAUCAGUCUCGUCAUCAAAGCAGACGGCGUGUACUACAAAUGCUAUGUCGUGCCUAUCGGACUAGCAAGUGCCCACAUCAUCCGGACCACGAUUGCGGUUGCCCCACAUGGUACCAUUCACUGCCACUGCAACGCCAACCCCUCUGCUGGCACCCAGGCCAGCAGCACAUUAAUGCCAAGCAAAAUAUAGCAAGGCGGUAUAGUAAUCAGAAAACACACAUGAACAUGCAAGACAGCCUACCUGCCUUGUUGAGCACCAGGCCUGCUGAUGAAAUCGUGCAUGUAGACGGUCCUCUGAACCUGCAAACCGGACGGUGCGCAUUUGGCGAUAACUCUAACGAUAUUGUUGACGAUAUUACCUAUUCUAGAGCAAAUGCGCACGCAAAAGACGUUUCAGCAUUAACAAGUCAUAAACAAUCAUCACAUCACGCAUAUUUAUCUAACUUUGGCAAUGAAGAACAAUAUCAAACAAAAAAAAAGGAGUUUCACUCAAGACUUCCUCGAACUAUUAUCAACGCGUCAAUGGCAAUGGUGAACGAUUGCCAAGAGGUUCGUAAUGGAUUAACCAUUUCUGACUUCCGUACACGUAGCACCGUUAAGAAGUCUGAGGUUGCGUGUGAUCAGAAUGAGUCAGUUGACCAGUCAAGGAUAUUAUCGAUGGGGCUUGAUCGUAAAAAUGUUGAGCCUACCAUUGACUUUGAUCAGGUGAAUCAUUUUUCAUUAGUCACUCUUUAUUUUAAUUUGGAAUUUACUUGUAUGUGA